AUGUCCGUCAGAAAAAUGCAGGCUGCAUUUGCACUCUGUCAGAGGAACACACACAACCCUUAUACAGUCUGUCAGAGGUACACACACAACCCUUAUACAGUCUGUCAGAGGAACACACACAACCCUUAUACAGUCUGCCAGAGGUACACAAACAAACCUUAUACAGUCUGCCAGAGGUACACACACAACCCUUAUACAGUCUGUCAGAGGUACACACACAACCCUUAUACAGUCUGUCAGAGGUACACACACAACCCUUAUACAGUCUGUCAGAGGAACACACACAACCCUUAUACAGUCUGUCAGAGGUACACACACAACCCUUAUACAGUCUGUCAGAGGAACACACACAACCCUUAUACAUUCUGUCAGAGAAACACACACAACCCUUAUACAGUCUGUCAGAGGUACACACACAACCCUUAUACAGUCUGUCAGAGGAAUACACACAACCCUUAUACAGUCUGUCAGAGGAACACACACAACCCUUAUACAGUCUGUCAGAGGAACACACACAACCCUUAUACAGUCUGUCAGAGGUACACACACAAACAACCCUUAUACAGUCUGUCAGAGGAACACACACAACCCUUAUACAGUCUGUCAGAGGAACACACACAACCCUUAUACAGUCUGUCAGAGGAACACACAACCCUUAUACAGUCUGUCAGAGGAACACACACAACCCUUAUUCAGUCUGUCAGAGGAACACACACAACCCUUAUUCAGUCGGUCAGAGGUACACACAACCCUUAUUCAGUCGGUCAGAGGUACACACACAACCCUUAUACAGUCUGUCAGAGGUACACACACAACCCUUAUACAGUCUGUCAGAGGUACACACACAACCCUUAUUCAGUCGGUCAGAGGUACACACACAACCCUUAUACAGUCUGUCAGAGGUACACACACAACCCUUAUUCAGUCGGUCAGAGGUACACACACAACCCUUAUACAGUCUGUCAGAGGUACACACACAACCCUUAUUCAGUCGGUCAGAGGUAAACACAACCCUUAUUUAAUCUGUCAGAGGUACACCAAAAAACCCUACUCAAACCUCAGGGUUUUCCACAAAGAAUGUAUGAGGAGGGGCGCUGCGCCAACCUGUGUCCUUGGCUGUGCCAAAAAAAUGUGUUUACUUUAUUUAUCAACUUUUAAGGAAAUGUUUUGUUCUAGAUGGCAGGAAAUGACAGUUGCAGGUGUUUAGCAGCAACUGCAACUGCAGGUUAGCUGCCUCUAGAAUAACAACUAGACCGGUCUGCUGAAUUACAUGACAUUGUUUUUUUUCUUAGUUCUAUUGCUGCUGGUCUCUAUAAUCUUUCUGACCUCCCCUGUCUGUCUAUGUCUGAGUAGUUCUGCCCUUGUCUGUGUCUACUGUGCCACUAGAAUACCAAGUAGAUCUGUAAGGCUCAUCGUGAUUAAGGGAUUAAGGACACCUGAAAGGAAGGACAUGAUGAAUGGAUGUCAGGUUCACCUCAACUAGACUGGAGGGAAGAAACAAAGGAACGUGUAUAGGACAUGACUGAUCCCUUCAAACAAGACUCAAAAGACUACGUUUGCAUCCCAAAUGGUACCCUAUUCCCUUUAUAGUGCACUACUUUUGACCAGGUAGAUCAUUGUAUAGGGAAUAGAUGCCAUUUGGGACACACAUAUGGCACACUGAAUUAUUAUGAGAGGGAUCCAACACGCUACCAGAUUAUUUUUGUUCUUCCAACAAGAAAAGCUCCUUUUUCACUCCUCUGUAAUAAAUAUUUACAAGAAAUGACAGCAUAUCCCCCCAAUCAAUCACACUAAUAGAAAUAAAGAGCUUUGUUUUGUUCCAAAAACACAUUAAUGGUUAAGUACAUGAGAUACAACCAACAUACAGUUCAAACAUACUGUUACAUAGCUACAAAUAUACACACAUGGAAAUAUAUUCUGAGGCUAUAACAGCCCUCUGGCACAGAAUUAGUGCCAUUUCUAGUCAGAAACCAAAGUCAGUAUAAAAAUAUAGACAAAAAAAGGUAUCUUCUACAAAAUAUUGACAUCAUGGCUCCCCGUUAGAAUGUGCAAAUCCUGGGUAGUUUAGUUCUCUUGACACUGAUUGGAUCGAGGGAAGAGGAAGUCCUCAGGAACAGGCAACAUCCAUUUUGGUCUCAGUUUUGAUUCUAGUCCAGUUUGAGAGUCCCAUUAGUUUAUGAUGCAUCUACCACCUUUGGUGGUUUGAGAGUUACUUCAUUAUUUAACUACAGUACUUAACCACAUUCUGUGUUCUGGCCAGAAUGGAAGGUACACUGUACGAUCCAGUCUAUUGACACCAGAUACUGUGACCAUUACACAAUAGGAGGGGUGCCACCCUGCAACCUAAAUAGAGUGUCAAUUGAGACAACACUUCUAUUUUUUGAGGAACAAUAACUCAGUAUCAGUCUUCCAAUCUCCAGUACCUCAGAGUCUAUAGAGUCUAUAUCCUUAUCUCAGUCUACAGAGUCUAUAUCCUCACAUGUGAGUCGAUAGAGUCUAUAUCCUCAACUGUGAGUCGAUACAGUCUAUAUCCUCACCUGUAAGUCGGUAGAGUCUAUAUCCUCACCUGUGAGUCGAUAGAGUCUAUAUCCUCACCUGUGAGUCGAUAGAGUCUAUAUCCUCACCUGUGAGUCGAUACAGUCUAUAUCCUCACCUGUGAGUCGAUACAGUCUAUAUCCUCACCUGGGAGUCGAUAGAGUCUAUAUCCUCACCUGGGAGUCGAUAGAGUCUAUAUCCUCACCUGGGAGUCGAUAGAGUCUAUAUCCUCACCUGGGAGUCGAUAGAGUCUAUAUCCUCACCUGGG